AUGAGUAACUUGGACAACUGUACCAGUAGAUUGAGAUCAUGCUUAAAUUUACUCCAGACUUCGAAUGGAACUUUAGAGAAUGCUACAGAAGCAGUUCCUGGCCUCUCUCGUAUGUUCUACACUCGUAAAAUAUACGGACUCGUACCUGAACUGGACGUCACAGAUGCCAGAGAAAGUGCUAUACGACUUAUUGAGCCUCAAUUGAAGAGCAGAUUGGUAAUGAUUCGCAAAAGUUUGGACAAGUGUCGUAAAAGAAGAGACUACUUGUUAGGUCAAAGAGAACUUAUAAGAGGUAGAUUAGUAGGUAUUCCCUAUACAACGCUUUCGGAUGAACAAUUGUCUAAAUUGACUACUGAUGACAAGAAAAUAGAACGAUACAAGUUUCUUCGGAAUAAAAGAGAGCGUCUACAAUAUCUGCUAUCCUUAAUCGAAAGAAGUAAUCCGGAACCAGCUACUUAA